UCACCUGCGGCAGGUGCCACGCGGAGCGGCCGGGCGAGGACGCGCACGGGGCCGGGCGCUGCGCGAGGAUGCUGCGCGAGCGGACGGUGCGGCUGCAGUACGGCAGCCGCGUCGAGGCGGUGUACGUGCUGGGCACGCACCUCUGGACCGACGUCUACAGCGCGGCCCCUGCGGGGGCCCAGACCUUCAGCCUGAAGCACUCAGACCGCGUGCGGGUGGAGGUGGUGCGCGAUGGGCAGGCUGAGGAGGUGGCCACCAAUGGCAAGCAGCGCUGGCCCCUGUCGCCCAGCACCACGCUGCGGCUCACCAUGAGCCAGGCGAGCCCCGAGGCCAGCAGCGACAAGGUCACCGUCAGCUACUAUGAGGAGGAGGGGAUCACGCCCGUCGACCAGGCUGGGCUCUUCCUCACGGCCAUCGAGAUCUCCCUGGAUGUGGACGCAGACCGUGACGGCGUGGUGGAGAAGAACAACCCAAGAAAGGCAUCCUGGACCUGGGGCCCUGAGGGCCAGGGCGCCAUCCUGCUGGUAAACUGUGACCGAGACACACCCUGGUUGCCCCAGGAGGACUGCAGUGAUGAGAAGGUCUACAGCAAAGAAGACCUGAAGGACAUGUCCCAGAUGAUCCUGCGGACCAGAGGCCCCGAGCACCUCCCCGCCGGCUACGAGACCGUCCUCUACAUCUCCAUGUCGGACUCGGACAAAGUGGGCGUGUUCUGCGUGGAGAACCCCUUUUUCGGCCAGCGUUACGUCCACAUCCUGGGCCGGCGGAAGCUCUUCCACGUGGUCAAGUACACAGGCGGCUCCGCGGAGCUGCUGUUCUUCGUGGAAGGCCUGCGUUUUCCCGACGAGGGCUUCUCGGGCCUGGUCUCCAUCCAUGUCAGCCUGCUGGAGUACAUGGCCGAGGGGAUCCCUCUGACGCCCAUCUUCACGGACACCGUGACGUUCCGUAUCGCUCCGUGGAUCAUGACCCCCAACAUCCUGCCUCCCGUGUCGGUGUAUGUGUGCUGCAUGAAGGACAACUACCUGUUCCUGAAAGAGGUGAAGAACCUGGUGGAAAAAACCAACUGCGAGCUGAAGGUCUGCUUCCAGUACAUGAACCGGGGAGACCGCUGGGUCCAGGAUGAAAUCGAGUUUGGCUACAUCGAGGCCCCGCACAAAGGCUUCCCCGUGGUGCUGGACUCCCCCAGAGACGGAAACCUGAAGGACUUCCCGGUGAAGCAGCUCCUGGGCCCAGAUUUUGGCUAUGUGACCCGGGAGCCGCUCUUUGAGCCUGUCACCAGCCUUGAUUCCUUUGGGAACCUGGAGGUCAGUCCGCCAGUGACCGUGAAUGGCAAGACAUACCCCCUGGGCCGGAUCCUCAUCGGGAGCAGCUUUCCUCUGUCUGGUGGUCGGAGGAUGACCAAGGUGGUGUGGGACUUCCUGCGGGCCCAGCAGGUACAGGCACCCGUGGAGCUCUACUCUGACUGGCUGACUGUGGGCCACGUGGAUGAAUUCAUGACCUUCGUCCCCAUCCCAGGCACCAAGAAAUUCCGGAUGCUCAUGGCCAGCACCUCAGCCUGCUACAAGCUCUUCCGAGAGAAGCAGAAGGAGGGCCACGGGGAGGCCAUCAUGUUCAAAGGCCUGGGCGGGAUGAGCAGCAAGCGCAUCACCAUCAACAAGAUUCUGUCCAAUGAGAGCCUCGUGCAGGAGAACCAGUACUUCCAGCGCUGCCUGGACUGGAACCGCGACAUCCUCAAGAAGGAGCUGGGGCUGGCGGAACAGGACAUCAUCGACCUGCCUGCCCUGUUCCAGAUGGACAAGAGCCGCCAGGCCAGGGCCUUCUUCCCAAACAUGGUGAACAUGAUCGUGCUCGACAAGGACCUGGGCAUCCCCAAGCCGUUCGGGCCCCAGGUGGAGGAGGUGUGCUGCCUGGAGACGCACGUCCGCUCCCUGCUGGAGCCCCUGGGCCUCUGCUGCACCUUCGUGGACGACAUCUCUGCCUACCACAAGUUUCUGGGCGAGGUGCACUGCGGCACCAACGUGCGCCGGAAGCCCUUCGCCUUCAAGUGGUGGCACAUGGAGCCCUGAGCCGCCCAGGGCUGCCGUGCGCGGGGCGCAGCCCGACGGCUGCCGUGCCGGGGCCGGACCAGCCUCUGUGGUUCUUAGUGUGAUUGCAGGGUGCCCUUCAGCGAUAGCCAUCAGGGAACUUGGGGAAAAACGUUUCUACUUUCAAUUUUACUUUUACUUACAGGACCUGGAAGUUGCCUGGCACACCUGGGCCACACAGCGAGGUCAGGAGGAGAGAGAGAACCCAGGAAACUGAGCCUCUGCUUGUAUGGGAGUUGGCGGGGGGGUCUGGUUUUUCGAGGGCUUUCUCUUCCUUGGUGAAUUUGAAAUGGAAGAGUGGAAAUUUAAAGCAAGGGGUGGGGGGAAGGUGGCCCCAAUUGUCAGUUAUCAGAAUCAACUAAGAUCUCUAGAAGAAAGGGCCUCAGUGAGGGGAGGCGGCCUGGCCCCUUACCUAGUUGCGUAGCUGGCACUGUAUUUACUCAAAGUCGCCAUGUUUGAAGUGAGUACUCAGCAACCAAAGCUGAGUCAGGCGCUUGUAUAACAAAAAGGAGGAAACCCAGCUGUCGGGGCUGACACCACAGGGGCCCGGGUGCCCCCCUCCCUCCCUGACUUCUCCAGACUCUCUGUACCCCCAGAGCACCCCGCUGCCUGGACUGGACUGCGGGGCAGCACUGAGGGCCUCCAAGCACUGGGGAGGGAUGUGGGAUAUCCGUGCCUUGCCCUCCCUCAGAAGGGCCUCAGCAUCCACAAUGUCACCUCCCCCUGUGAGCCUCCACGCUGCCCUCCCUGAAAAUAGCUGAACAUUUGGCCAGAGUCUGUAUAGCCCUGAUGGGAGAAGCAAAACAAAACCCCAGGACCCAGAACCUUCCCCCAAAGGCUUUAGUCUGUUGUCCAAAACGGAAUGAGAGGAGACGGGAAGGAGGCUCUGGGAUGACCAGUUUGCCCGGUAGCAAUGCCCCGAGGGUCAAGGCAGCCGGCAUGGAGAAGAAUUCUGGACUCCAGGUGUACCUAGAACUGCCAUCAUCCUUUGAAAUUCACUGCCCUUUGUCCAGGGGGCCUCCCCAUUUAUCCAUUCCUCUCCAGCCUGCCGCAGAGCCCCUUGGCUUGCCCCCUGCAGUGUAGACAGCACUGGCAGCUCCCCGCUCCCUGAGGGUCCAGUCAUCGAGCUUAGACGCUUCGCUGGCAGCAGAUUUUAUCAGCACACCCGUCUCCACUUCUGAGAUGCUCCUGCCUCAUCUUUCUCGUGGACCCAGGCUCUCCCAGAUGUCCGGGAGUCCCCCACACACACACCAGCAUCCUCGUGGCCCGAGAGUUCCGUGUGCAAAGAUGCCCCAGGGUGAGCUGUGUUAUCCAUCUUCUCUGCCGGGUUCUCGAUUCUCUGGCUGCCCCAACCCCUCUCCUCUCACGGCCUCCACUUCUGCUCUGGUGCCGUCUCUCCAGGCAGCUAGACAAGGACUUUUUCCCCACCAGCCACGCUCAGACCUCCCUGCCACAGGACACAAUUAAGACCCACCUCUCCUCUCCAGAUGUCAGGCGCAAGACAUAAAGACCCUGCCUUAACCUCCAGCCCCAACAGCUAGUUCUGGGCCAGCUGCUGGCCUUAGAGAUGGACCGAUGAGCCCCACCGAAGUUUCUUAGUACAUUUGCUGAAAAUCCUCUCAUUUAGACAUAAUCAGAUUCAUUCUCUGGCUCGCACUGCAAAGAGUUUCAGCUUUAAAAUUUCCUUUAAGGGCAGCUGACUUCAGAGAAUAAGUGAAUUAUAAUUGCACUUCGAGGGUUAAAAAGGAACUGAUUUAUAACCAAUGAAAAGGUUGUAAGUUUGGAUUCCUGAAGAAUGAGAUGAUCUUCUUGGGUUAUUCACUCAUUGAACAAACCUGCAUUGUUGCCUGAGUGCCAGGCACGGUGGUGGGCUCUGAGGGUACAGGGCCCAGUAGCAAAUGGGGUGUGGCCCUUGCCCUUGCCUCCAGGAGGCAGCCACCUGUAUCUAAAUGGCCGGCGUUUGCCCUUUUGGGGAUACACUCUUUAGAAGUACCAGUUCACUAUAUUCAGGGAAUGCACGGGGUGCAGAGCUUCCACAAGUCACUAUCGCAGUGAAAUGAGGCGGGGGGGUCUUCUUUAAACAAGCCUCCUGCCCGUCCAGCUGGGCCAGUGCCCCCCAGCAGAUGGGACCCCAGUGCCUUCAGAAGCUGCUGUUCCCGCUUUGGGAACAGCGGCUCCUGCCUUUGGGAACCCAAGCCCCAGGUUUCUCCAACCCCAGAGCUGAAGACACCAAGUGCCUAUUUGUGAAUCUGGAGACGUAGAGUUUGCUGUGUGUUUUUGUGCCUGGUUAAUGUGUGUUUUGGGGCUUUCUUUCAUUUUUUCUUUUUUUUUUUAGUCUGCCUUAAGGGGAAGUGAGCACUUCCCAUGUGGAGAUGGUGUGUAUUUCUAGAAUUUCCUAAGGCUCUCUCCAUCAAUAAGUCAGCAGUUUCUGAUGAUUCUGAAGCCCCCAGGCCUCAGACAGCCUUCCCCAUCUUGCUUGCCCACCCAUGUGACUACCCUUGCCGUGGAUAUCCCCCCAGCAUCCCUGGACUCAUCAUUCUUUCCCACCCACCACUUUCUAUAAACGUAGGCCUAGAAUACACUUCCGUGUUGCAGAACUCAGCCAAGGUCCUGUUUCGAUCUUUACUAUGAAAUAUUUUAAAUAAGAGAGCAGAGGGUAUUGUGAAGAUGACGAGAAGCGGGGCAUGGUUUCAACUUUCUGGACGAGAAGCAAUGCUGGAGAUCACGACAUGUUUGGGAAAGAGCCUGAUUAAACAGCAACAAAAUAAAAGGUCAGAGG